AUGGCAUUGAGGCUGCCGGAGCUGGUCCGGGACUCGUGCCUCGAAACCAUCUUCAAUGCUGAGAAUACCGUUCACAUAUAUCACGACCGGCCAGGGCGCCGGGCUAUACCUCGGCGAGAGACUUGGAAGAAGAAGCGCAUCCUCGGCAGCGGAGGCAACGGCGUCGUCUGGCUCGAGGAACAGCUCGAUAGUCUCGGCAAGGAUCCUUCCGCCGGGUACAGAGCCGUAAAGCAGAUCACCUCGACCGAAUCAAAGUCAAUCUUGGAGAUUUGCAAGUCUGAACUAGAGGCGUUGGCCAAGUUCUCGACCAGGAAAUAUGCUCAUUGCUUCGUCCAGUCGUUCGGCUGGUAUCAGGGCCCCAACGUCCUGUCGAUCACGAUGGAAUACUGCCCGAAUGGUGAUCUCCAGAAUUACCUGUUGAAGCAUGUCCGACUACCAGAAUCUGAUACGCAAGAGAUCAUUUCACAGGUGGUGCAAGGUCUGCACUUUAUGCAUGAGGAAGGAUUCGCACAUCGCGACCUCAAGCCAGGAAACAUUCUGAUCAAGUCUCUUCCACCAGAAGAUUACUGGUGGGUCAAAAUAUGCGACUUGGGCUUGAGCAAGCGCAUCGAAGGGGUGAUCGGGCACUCAACGACAGUCAAAGGAACUCUAGGGUACCUCGCCCCUGAGCUUCUUGGGUUUGGAGACUCUGACCCGAGGAAGGCAGACCCAUAUGCGAUUGACAUGUGGUGCCUUGGUGAGAUGACCUACCGAAUGCUUUGCGGAAACGCUACGUUCGCAUCAUAUGGUCAAGUGCGGGAGUAUCAACUUGCGACUAGGCCUUUCCCAGAGGAACAGCUGUACAAAAUUGAAGCGAGUAAAGCUUCCGUAUCAUUCACCAAAAGUGCCAUGAAAGCUGAGCCAAGGUUGAGAUUAAAUGUACACGAGGCUUUCUAUCAUGGCUGGUUAAAGAUGAAGCUUGACGAACCUCAAACGUCUGAUCAGUCAACAAGAAGACCCGCUGGUCCAUUGCCGUCGUUCAAUAUUACUGAUUUAUCGCGACAUCGCGAUGAAGAACCAUCAGGCAGCUGGAGCACCAUCACCGAUCCCAUGAACAGAACCUCGAUCCCUCUCCGACCGUUUAGCGCUGAGCGUGUACCCCAGGAAUCUAGACAACCAUCUUAUGGUAGAAACUAUGCACCUCCAAGUCCACUCUCAAAAGAGGAACGUCUGGGUUAUGAGCAAACACGCAGAUCAUCGCCAGCACGUGCGCGGAGCUCAUCUGGAAGCGGCAUGAACCAGAACGAAAGACAGCGUCACACUCAUGACGAGCCAAGGAGGCGUAGUGGGACUUUCGAACCAGAGAAAUAUGAAGACGGUUCAAAUAAGAUGCAGAAAGCUGCUGCUGCAUCCAUUAUUGCGGGAGCAACCGAAGCAUUCCGUGUGCAUAGGGAACCUGGCUCAUCGUCCGGGGAUAAAAUGCGUCGCAUCCUGGCUGCAGCUGCCGGUGCAGCGACGAUAGAUGCUGCGACUGACAAUUCUCGCCGCAAUCGCGAUCAUGAUUACAGACAUGGCUACAAAGAUAAUAGAAGAAGCCUUGAUCCUGCGACCGCUAUCAUCGGAGACCUAGCAGCGAAUCGCGUGGUCAAUGGGCCUAGCAGCAAUGAUAGGGCUGAGCCGGCCGAGACAAGGAGAGGAACAGCGGAACCAACCACCUCGGCCAGAGUAUCGACAUCCCCAGCUAUGGAAAAGCUCAGAGCGAUAGAAAGUUAUUGGAAUACCACGCUGUUACCUCGAUGUCUUGCAUUCUCAACCUCACCUCCUAGGGACAUCCAGGACCGUCACAAUGAACAUCUGAGGCUGAACGCGUGGGCGGAUCGCGAGAUUUUCUUCAAACUGGACGAAAUUGUCUCUGGAGAUGACGAGAUGGAAGCGGAGGUUAGGGCGAAAAGAAAAGUGUUACUUGUCCAGGUGCAGUCAGUGCUCGCCAGACUCGAACCGCUGGUAGACCCAGUAGGACAAGAUGAUCGAUUGCGGUACCGUAGCAAUCGAGACGACUACCUUUCUACAGAAGACCCCCGAGAUCUCGGGACACCUGAUACGUCUACAACAUCUCCUCAACACCCAUACACCGGACGUAAGGUGGGGCCUGAGUACGAUGGCCAGCGUAACAAAGGAUCUCGCUCACAAAGAAACCGAGAAUAUCCCGCAUCCACCGAUUCGGGAUUCGCUGAACAGAGGGAUCCAAACGACAGGCCGAGAAACUUCAAUUUUUCGGAAGCCAAUGGAUUUCGAUUCUCGGAUCCAUCAGCUGUUUUUGCCGAGUUCAUGAGAUCUCAACCAGGGGGUCCCGACAUCCUGGAUGAAUUUUUGCAGAAUGAACCUAGCCCCCGUAGGGGGCGUGGUGGAGGAGCUCACUCGACAAGACCCGGCUCACCUCCUUCCUCUGUCAAGCCCAAAUCCUCUGGGCAGCGAGAUCCCCAACAUGAUGGCAGGAGUUUCAAGCCACAGUAUGCAGAGGACAUUUUUGCUGAGUUCAUAAGGUCAAAAUCAGCGCACCAGUACCCAUGA